AUGUGCCGUGCGCCCGCCACCACAGGAAUCCUCCCCGCCUAGCUACCGCGCCAUUACUCCGCCGCCAACCGCCCCGCCUACCGUUCCACGCCAUCCACCAAACCAACCCUGUACUGUACGAAUCUCCGAUCAAGCAUCGACCAAGACGAGGUUUUUCCUCUCUCCGCAUUCCCUCUCUGACGUCACCCUCCCCUCUCCCCGCACCAUCGCACCGACCCAUCUUUCGUUUUUUCCCCCGGCUGUGCUCGCGUCAUCGCGCUCGAGGUGUUCGAUGGAAUGCCGCAGUCAAAUACCCAUGAUGGGUCUCGCGUCGUUACAGUCCUGACACGACGCUGAUCGGCUUCUUGGGUUCAAUUCGGCAGGUUCAGGCUCUUGUUCCGUUUGAUCUGCUCCGUGAAGUCAUGGUGGUUUCGGAGAAUUCACCGGCGGGCUCGACGAUUUUGCCGCCCGACUCGUACGGCGCGGUCGUCCUCGGUGGCACUUUCGAUCGCCUGCACGAGGGGCAUCGACUUUUUCUCAAGGCAUCGGCAGAGCUGGCGAAAGAGCGCAUCGUGGUGGGCGUGUGUGACGGUCCCAUGCUGGCCAAAAAGCAGUUUGCUGAUCUAAUACAGCCAAUCGAGGAGAGAAUGCAAAAUGUUGAGAACUACAUCAAGUCUGUUAAACCUCAUUUGACAGUCCAAGUUGAACCCAUUACCGAUCCCUAUGGGCCUUCCAUUGUGGAUGCAGAAUUGGAGGCUAUUGUUGUCAGCAAGGAGACAUUACCCGGUGGAAUCUCCGUAAAUAAAAAGAGGGCCGACCGAGGUCUUUCACAGUUGAAGAUCGAAGUUGUGGAUUUAGUUUCCGAAGGAUCGAGUGGAGACAAGUUGAGCUCGAGCACAUUGCGAAGGCUCGAAGCCGAGAAGACCGCUAAUCAACAACCGGCCGAGACAAAUACCAAGGGAUUUCUUGUGUUUGCAGGCGAAAGCUCGCGACGAAAUUUCGCAAAAAUGAAUGAUCUCAUGACGGAGUCGUUCUUAAAUUAUGUGGAGUUGAAGAAACAGGCCCAGAAGGACCUCGAAGCCGAGCUCGACCUUGAACUGGGCCAACUUGAUGCGGCGGAGGAACAAAACCUCUCGCAGUUCUUCCACGAAGUCGACGCGAUCGAGUCCGAAAUGGAGGAGAUAACCAAUCUCUUGCUCGACCUACAAGGCCUAAACGAGGAGUCGAAGUCCACUUACAGUGCGAAAGCCCUUCGCGGCCUCCGGGACCGGAUAGACUCGGACCUGAUCUCCGUCCUCCGCAAGGCUAAAUCCGUGAAGGCGCUGCUCGAGUCCCUGGACCGGUCGAACCUGACGAAUCGCGGGCUUUCGGCGAAUUUCCAAGAAGGAAGCUCGGUGGACCGGACGAGGAUUUCGGUCACAAGCGGCCUGAGGACAAGGCUCAAGGAGACGAUGAACGAGUUCCAGCUUCUGAGGGACAAGAUCGUGGCUGACCACAAGGAGGAUCUCAAGAGGAGGUACUUCAACGCGACCGGGGAGGUCGCGGGCGAGGAGGUGAUCGAGAAGAUCAUCUCAUCGGGCGGCAAGAUCGAGCUCUUUGGGGGAAAGACCAAGCUGAGCCUGGGCAGCCCGGAGAGGCACGAAGCGGUGAGGGACCUGCAGAAGAGCCUGGACAAGCUCCACCAGGUGUUCCUGGACAUGGCGGUCCUCGUGGAGGCGCAGGGUGUGGGGCUGGGCGACAUCGAGGAGAACGUGGCCGGCGCGAAUGCGUUCGUCAGUGGCGGGACGACGAAUCUGUACUACGCGAACCAGAUGAAGAGGAAGGGCCGGCAUUGGGCAAAGUGGGUCUGGGCCGUGAUGGCGAUCAUUCUGCUGGUGUGCCUAGUUUCCUUGUUGGCUUCUUGAAAAAAUUUGAAGUUAUGAAAGAUUCUUGAAAGUGAUUUAGCCGGUUUCCUAGGGUUUCUGCACAGCCUGAUUUGUAAUCUGAACCUAAAGCUUCUUCUUGGAAGCUCCAAGUUUCCCCAGGCAAUUUGAUAUUCUUCUGAUC